UAUUACUCAGAGGAAAUGCAAGAUUUUUAAGUAUUUCAUAUAAUAUUAAGUUUAUUAAAUGAUAUGAAGCGGUAAACUUUUGAAGAUGAUUUCAACUUCACAGAGAACAAACAGAAAAGUCGAAAAAAACAUACAUUAAAAAAUGCUAAAAAAUAAGUACUGGAAAAGUUGACAAGGUUUGCGAAAGUGACCGGCAAAUUGGUUUUGCUUAAAAUGGAUUCUGUAGCUGUGACAGUACCACUUCGGCCACCAACAAAAAAAAUGAAGAAACGCAAAGAACUAAAUGCUCUCGCAACACCGCGCUCUAUCACGAGGCGAAGUUCUGGCAAACGCAGUUCUCAGGAAUUACUGUCGGAUAGCAGUGACAAUCGUUCAGAGUAUUGGAACGUAUCGGCGAUGCGCAGUGGAAUGCGCAAAGUACAAGGUCAUGAAGCAGACCAUAAUACUAUUUACACAGCCAUCUUUCGAGUGUGUGGUAUUUUCUUGGCUAGUACAAUCGUCCUCAUUACAAUUGUCCUUAUAUGGCUUUUUAUCGAUGUACGUCAACAACUUACCAUUCUCAGAGUUGAACUCGACCAAGUGAUUGCUGGGAUUGAAGAUAUUCCUGAUGCUCUACAAACAUGUCAUACCCUUGAUAAGAAUUUUAAAUCUAAUAUAACUCAUAUUAAUGCCGAAAUUCAAAAGCUUAAUGGAUCAGUAUAUACUUUUUCAGAACAGAUAUCCAGUCUACAUCAGAAACUUCAACAAAUACAAAUAUCACUGAAAGCAGCCCCAGAAUUAACCAGCGUUCCAAAUACAGUGAAAGCUCUGCAAAAUAGUAUUGGGGAAUUAGAAAUUAAUAUUCAUGAUUUACAAAUAACAAAUAAGAUAUUAAAGAAUACUACAUUAAUUUUACAAUACUCUCAAGAUCAACAAAUAAAAAACUUAAUAAAAAUUAAGAAUGAUUUGGGAAGAUUACCGAACACAAGUCAAUUAUCUCAAAAGAUUUCGAACAAUGAGACAUUUAUAGAAAAAGAUAAACUGUGGGAAUUAAUGGAAGAAUUACAAAAAAAUUUAACAAGCAUUAAUCGUACAUUAACAAUGAACAUAAUAUGGACGCAAGAAGAUUUAUCUAAUGAUCAUAAAAAAAUAGUAUUCUUCCAAGAUGUGAUACAGAAUACUAAUGCUCAAAUACUUACAUUCCAGCAAGAAUGUAUGAAAAAAAAAGACUAUGAAAUUCUUCAAAAUUUAGUACAGUCAUUAUUAAUUAGGGUUGAUAAACUUUCAAGCAAAAAAGUGUAAAAAAAACCACAACUAUUAGAAGAAAAAUACAAUAUCUCUCACAGUUCUAGCAAUACAUCUUUAUCAUUGAUGCAUAUAAAAAGUGAAACUGUAAAAAAUAAGUUGAUCAAGCAAUCUAUCUAAAAUUAAUUUAAAAAAUGUUA